CAUUUUGUAAGCAGCGUGUUUGGGCUUCAUCAUUGGACCAAACGUAGGAUUCACGACUAAUUUUGAAAAGGAGGCUCAGCAUGAAUGUAAGUUUAUAGAGGCAUCAUUUCUAUUUUUCCACUUGGCUUCUCGACAUUCUGAAGAUAAAAUGGCGUCUCAGUCAGAAAUGGAUCUCUCCUGUCCUGUCUGCCAUGACAUUUUCAAAGACCCCGUCAUCCUGUCAUGCAGCCACAGCUUCUGUAAGGACUGUUUGCAGAGAUGGUGGUCUGGCAAACUAAUGCACACGUGCCCGAUUUGUAACAAGGUAUUUUUGUCGAAUGAACUGCCUUCCAAUCUGGCACUUAAGAAUCUGUGUGAGGCCUUCUUACAGGAAAGAAAGCAGAAAGCUUCUCCGGGAUCUGAGCCUCUCUGCAGUCUGCACUCUGAGAAACUCAAACUGUUCUGUCUGGAUCAUCAGCAGCCUGUUUGUGUCGUCUGUCGAGAUUCAAAUUCACACAGGAAUCACAGAUUCAGUCCCAUCGAUGAAACUGCUCAAUGUCACAGAGGUGAGCUGCAAAAACACCUGAAGCCUUUGAAGGACAAACUAAAGAUCUAUGAACAAGUGAAAGGAAACUUUGAUCAAACAGCACAACACAUUAAAUCCCAGACACAACAGACGAAGAGGCAGAUUAUGGAGCAGUUUAAGAAACUUCACCAGUUUCUACAAGAGGAAGAGGAGGCCAGAAUCACUGCUCUGAGUGAAGAAGAAGGGCAGAAGACUAAAGUGAUGAGGGACCAGAUUGAUGCUUUAAACAGACAAAUUAUAGACAUUUCAGAUACAAUCAGAGCUGCAGAAGAAGAAAUUAGAGCUGCAGACGUGUCAUUCCUGCAGAGUUAUGACAACUCAAUAAAAACAGUCCAACAGCGCCUCCAGCUGGAUCCUUCAGGCCUGCCUGGAGGAGCCCUGAUAGAUGUGGCCAAACAUCUGGGCAACCUGACCUUUAAUGUGUGGAACAAGAUGAAGGACAUGGUCUCCUACUCUCCUUUGAUUCUGGAUCCAAACACAGCUCAUCCAGAGCUCAUCCUGUCUGAAGAUCUGACCAGUGUGACUUUUGGACAGAAACAGAAGCUUCCUCAUAAUCCAGAGAGGUUUGGUAAACAUAGGUGUGUCCUGGGCUCUGAAGGCUUAAACUCAGGGACUCACAGUUGGGAUGUUGAGGUCAGAAACGAUCGAUUUUGGGGUCUUGGUGUGAUGAAGGAAUCAGCUGAGAGAAAGGGACAGAUCCAGACUGGAUACUGGGAAAUAGUUCUCCUUGAUGGAAAACUCACAGCAGCCUCUCCACCACUUCCAGAUAAAGUUCUCCCAGUGGAGAAACCCCAGAGGAUCAGAGUUCAGCUGGACUGGGGCCGAGGGAAGCUGUCCUUCUUUGAUCUUGACACUAAGAAACACAUUUACACCUUCAAACAGACUUUCACUGAGAAGCUGUUUCCUUACAUUGGGACCACGAGUGAGUUACCCCUGAAGAUUAUACCAACGACUGUCUCUGUAACAGAAGAUAUAGUCCCUUUAUCAUCAAAGCCUUGGCGUUUCUAGAUUUGUCGAGUUGGAUGUAAUAAAUUAUUUUGAUGUAUCCGCAUUCGUGCAUUUCACUUUUUGAUCAUAUAAACAGUAUGUUCCAGUGUAGUGGUAGUUAAAGUACCAUCCUGUUAGGGCAUUUAGGGCUAGUUCUGUUUUUCCGCUGCUCAUUUCUAACAAUAAUGUAAUUUUGGUAAUUAAGUAUUUUUAGACCCAACAUCUGGACAACCAGAACUUUAUUGUGUAGAAUAUGUUGAAGAGAUGGUUUUCUACUUGCAUUUAAUUCUAGAUCCAAACACAGUUGAAGCACAUAUCAUUCUGUAUGAUUAUCUGAUCAGUGUGAAAUGUGAACAGAGAAGCUACCUGACAA